GUUAAACUUAAACCCCUCUCCAAUCCUGUUCGCUCUUGUUUCUCUUCCCCUCGUCCCCUCUGUUUCUGUCCACACCCCCUUUCGCUCCCAGCUUCACCUCAAGUGCUCAAAUCUGUCGUCAAUGAACUACUGAUCCGAGCUAUUAUCAUCCUCAUCGCCGUCCAGAUCGUAAAUCAUCGUCGUUGGCUACGAUUCAUCCGCAUGAUGGACGCCCUCAGAGUGUGGAGGGCUUCUUCCCACCUUAUCGGAUUCGCCUCCAUGGCUGCCGCCGCCGCCGUCCCCACCGCCUCCAGGACCAGAUUCAGAUUCCACCAAAUCAGGUGCUGCUCCUCCGCCGCCGCCGCUCCAGCCGCUGCCACUCCAGCCCCUGCGACGUCGGACCGCCGCCGCCGGAGUCCCUCCUCCACGUCCGACCGCGAGUCCGUCCGCGCCAUUCGGCUCAAGAAGGUAGAAGAAUUAAGGAGUAAAGGUUAUGAGCCGUAUGCAUAUAAGUGGGACAGAAGUAAUACAGCAAAGGAGCUUCAAGAUGCUUAUGAUCAUUUGGCAUCUGGUGAAGAGUGUAAGGAAGUUUCAGUGUCAAUAUCUGGAAGAGUCAUUGCUCGGAGGGCAUUUGGAAAACUUGCUUUCUUGACUUUAAGGGACGAUUCGGGCACAAUUCAGUUAUACUGCGAGAAGGAAAGCCUCACAGAUGAUCUUUUUGAACAAUUGAAGACAUUUGUAGAUAUUGGUGAUAUUUUGGGUGCAAGUGGUUCCAUUAAGAAGACAGAAAAAGGGGAGCUAUCUGUUUAUGUGAAGUAUUUCAAAAUCCUUACAAAAUCUUUACUCCCUCUACCAGAUAAAUACCACGGCCUAAAUGAUGUGGAUAAACGGUACCGGCAGAGAUAUGUAGACAUGAUCGCAAAUCCUGAGGUUGCUGAUGUAUUCCGAAUACGAGCAAAGAUUGUGUCUGAGAUCCGCAAGACAAUGGAAUCUUUGGGGUUCAUUGAAGUUGAGACUCCAGUUCUGCAGGGAGCAGCUGGUGGUGCAGAAGCGAGGCCUUUCGUCACUUACCAUAACUCACUUGGAAGAGAUCUUUAUUUGAGAAUCGCAACAGAGUUACACUUGAAGCGAAUGCUGGUAGGGGGCCUUGAGAAGGUUUAUGAGAUUGGAAGAAUUUUCCGGAAUGAAGGCAUAUCUACUCGCCAUAAUCCUGAGUUUACCACUAUUGAGAUGUAUGAAGCAUAUUCAGACUAUGAAAGCAUGAUGACUAUGGCUGAGGAAAUCGUGACUCGAUGUGCUCUGGCGGUUCAUGGAAAGCUCAACAUUGAUUAUCAGGGAACUAAAAUAUCUCUUCAAAGACCAUGGAGGAGGCAAUCAAUGCAUAAUCUUGUGAAAGAAGCAACUGGAGUUGACUUCAAUGAGUUCGGGGACAACGUUGAAGCAGCUAAAGAAGUUGCACAAGGGAUACUCAGGACUAAAAUGGAAGAUAAAAGUGAUACAUUGUUAGGAACAUGUCCAUCAGUUGGACAUGUCCUUAAUGAGGUUUUUGAGACCAUUAUUGAAUCGACACUUAUUCAACCAACAUUUGUUCUUGACUACCCAAUAGAAAUAUCUCCUCUGGCGAAACCACACCGCAGAUAUACAGGAUUGACUGAACGAUUUGAACUGUUCAUUUGUGGUCGUGAGAUUGCUAAUGCAUUCUCUGAACUUACAGAUCCAAUUGAUCAGAGGAGUCGCUUUGAAGAGCAAAUAAAACAGCACAAUGCGAAGCGCGCCGCCCUCACUGCAGAAUCAAAAUCUACCGAAGUACAAAGUGGUGUUGAUGAUUAUGCCUAUGAAGUUGCUCUUGAUGAAGACUUUGUAACUUCUUUAGAGUAUGGCAUGCCCCCAGCUUCAGGAAUGGGGCUUGGUAUCGAUAGGCUAGUAAUGCUUCUAACCAACUCGGCAAGUAUAAGGGAUGUUAUUGCUUUCCCUGUCCUCAAGAUUCAGCAAUAGGGUUUUUUAUUCAGAAAAAGGAAACAGGAAACAUUAGAGGUGAUUAAUUACUACUGGAGUGGUCCACUGUGGUUGCAUGUUGAAAGGCUUGUUUCUCUCAGGUACAUUGCAGUUAACUAACUUAAGCUACUCUUCAUGUUUGUUCUUUUUCAAAAUUUUGUCUCAUGCUCUCCCAUUGUAUUAUGAAGAGAUCUUUCCAAUUCUUUCAAGUAAUAAAAGACACUGUAAAGUAAAAUAAUUUUUCUGAGAA